AUGGCAAUCGACGGGCAGGUAGUGGUGGCCGGGCGGCGAUCGACGGCAACGUCGGAGGGUGGCGGCAACGACAAGCUUUCUGCGGGAGGUGGUCGUUCUGAUGAACUUCUUGUUGUUGUUCCCGCCGUCGUCAUUAUUGUUGUCGUGGUUGUGCUUGUCCCCAUCGUCAUUGUUCUUGUCAUCUUAUGCGCACUAGAUAACGAUCAAGGAUCUUAUCGCGAGUCUCACGAAGUAGCGUUUGGAUGUGAACACUACAAGAGGAAGUGCAAGCUUGUUGCUUCAUGUUGCAACAAACUGUACACGUGUAGGCUUUGCCAUGAUGAUGCAAGUGAUCACAUAAUGGAUAGAAAGGCCACAAGCAUGAUGAUGUGCAUGAAAUGCUUGAUAGUUCAACCCAUUGGUCCAAUAUGCUCAACUGUUUCUUGUAACAGCCUAUCAAUGGCUAGAUACUACUGCCCCACCUGCAAACUGUUUGAUGAUGAGAGGGAAAUCUACCACUGCCCACACUGUGACAUUUGCAGAGUAGGAAAAGGUUUGGGGAUUGACUACUUCCAUUGCAUGACUUGUAAUGCAUGCAUGUCGAUGCCGGUUGCAACAACGCAUACCUGCGUUAAGAACCGGCUUCAAGGUAAUUGCCCGGUGUGCCAAGAGUACAUGUUCACGUCCACAAGUCGUCUCAAGUCCCUUGAUCCGUGCGGUCAUGUGAUGCAUUCCUCAUGUUUUCAGGCAUACACUUGUUGCUACUAUACUUGCCCGAUAUGCAACAAGUCAUUGCGGGAUAUGCAGGUGUACUAUGGGAUGUUGGAUACAAUGCUAGCUGAAGAGGAAAUUCCUGAAGAGUAUUUAGGCAGGACUAAGGACAUUUUUUGCAUUGAUUGUGAGAAGGAAGGAAGUGCACCAUUCCAUUGGUUGUAUCAUAAAUGCCCUCAUUGUGAGUCGUACAACACCCGACUUAUAUGACAUGGAUAUAUAUUUAAGAUGUCAAAUCUGUGUGUUUGACGGAAGGCUUUCAGUGGUUGUGCAUAUGUAUGGCAUUGAAGAAGGAUGAGAUUUGUGAAAGUUACACUACAAUAAGGUCGUUUGGGAGGGACUGCAACAUUUUGAGUGGAGUGGUUAUGAACUAGUUUUGUUGGCCGUAAAUUAUUCAGUGCAAUUUAAUGCACCUCUUAACAUAAGUUGAAUUGAAUACUAUCCCAACCCUUGCAUCCA